UUCGCGCCGCCUGCGCCUCCCGACAGCCUGCCGCCGCCUCGCGACGCGGACAUGCGCUCGCCGGUUGUCCUCCGGCGCCGCAGCUCGUCACGGCAUGCAGGCGGCGGAGGCGGCGGCGGGCGGCGAGCCGUCCGCCGGCGUGAUGCAGCGGCACGGCAUCCCGAUAGCGAUGUGGACUGCCGUGAGCCUCAACGUGGCUGCCUUCUUCUCGCAGGGCGACGAGGGCGUGCAGAUCCUGUUCCACCUGGAGGAGUUUGAGGCGCCGCUGCUCUCGCCCGACACGCCGCAGGAGCGGCUGACGGAGCGCCUCGAGAGGGUGGCGCGCGGCGCGCCGCUCAACGACUCGCUCAAGCUCGCCCUCGCCCAGUCGGCAGGCCUCUCCGGCAGGCUCAUCGACAUCGCCCUCGGCGCGGAGCCGAACGCGUCGCAGACGGCGCGCAACCACGCGGCCAAGGUGGUCGAGUACAUCUGCGCCUCGCCGCCCGCCGCCCUCCUCUUGCUCGAGCGCGGAGAGCACGCGAGGCUGGUUCGCGCUGUCGCCGACCCGGACGCGGCGCUCUACCUGCGCAAGACCUUCGCCGCCGCCCUCUGCUCGAUGGCGGCCCUCCCCGAGGCGGUCCCUCUCCUCGCAGCAGAGGGCGCCGUCGGGGCGCUCCACGCCGCGCAGGCCUCCUCGCAGGCGGUCCGGCGGAAGAAGGCGUGUGGAGGUUGCGCUGGGGAGGCUCGCGGCGGCGAUCGCAGCGAGGCGCGCCCUCCCGCCCCCGCCCGAGGGAGGGCCCACCCCUCUCUGCUCACUGCUGCGGCGCGCGAGCUAGGCCGCCCGCCGACAUGGCCGCCCGCCGAGCUCGCCCGGCUGCCCGCGGCGGAGCGGGCCCUCGUGGCCGAGUACGCGGCCGCAGAGGCGGAGGCGCGGGCCCAGCCCCUGCACGCGGCCCGCUCCUCCCUCAUCGAGUCGGGCGUGCUGCUCUACCUGCACACCGCGGGGGGCGGCGCGGCGUGGGGGCUCUUCGAGUCGGUCCGCCAGCGGCUCGACCGCGCCGCCCUCGUCCAAAACGUGGCGCGCACCUCGCUGGUGACCUGCUUCGUGCCCAUCCUGCUCGUGGGCGGCGUGGUGACGGCGUACAACAAGUGGAACAAGGCGACCGACACGGUCGAGGAGAAGUUCCGCCUCUACUUUGCACUCGCGCUCGCCCUGUACCCCUCCGGCCGGCUGCUGCAGUGGGUCGAGACCUUCGCGCCUCUCUGGCUCGGCGGGCACAUCGUCGGCUUCGCCUCCUUCUUCACGUGGACGCUGUACACCGAGUCGGACCUGAUGCGCAGCGACCGCGAGCUGGAGCAGGCGCGAGGCGCGGCGAGGCAGGCGGCGUGAGGAGGGGGUCGUGAUGGCGCGCGAAGGCAGCGCGGUGGACGGCACGGCGCUCGGCGGUCCAUCCGAUGUUAACGUUCCCUUCUUCGACUCGAGCUCGUCUCCGGUGGACCGCUGAGCCGAGGGGGGAGAGAAGAGUGCAGUGGCGAGAGAGCAUCAGAGAGGUUGUUGUUGAUGUGAGAAUGUAAAGUGCUAAUUGGUCAAGACGAGCGUCACGUACUUGGAUAACCAAAAAAAUUCUUAACUU